AUGCGCUGUGAGAUCACCGUGACUCAGCGCCUCUACCGUGGCCGUGCUCUUGUCCGCGAACGGGCGCGCGCACUGACUCACGGUCAGCUGACCAUCCAAGGGAAAUCCCCUGCCAGAUCAUGGCUCACCUCUGAUUGGUCUACAACCCGGAAGUUUAGAGUACAGCCCUCAGCUCUCCGCGGAGACUACCCUGCUGCUAACAUGUCUGUGAUGGUGAAGGCCUACCUCCUCGGCAAAGAGGAGGCGGUGAAGGAGAUCCGCCGCUUCAGGAUCGACCACGACGUCAGCUCCAGCUUUGAAUACCUGAGCCGCAAAGUGAUCUCUGCCUUCAGCCACCUGCAAACCCAGCCCUUCACGCUCUUCUACAAAGACGAGGAUGACGACAUGGUGGCCUUCUCCUCUGAUGACGAGCUCAUGAUGGCUCUGACCUGCAUCAAAGACGACACCUUCAAACUCUUCAUCAAAGAGAAGAAAGAACAUCGUCGUGACUUCCCAGCUCACGCCUUCCCUCCGUUUGGAUUCCCACCUUUCUCUCCUGGACCUCAUGGACCCCCUCCCCCCCCUGGUCCCCAUGGCCCCCAUGGUCCUUAUGGUCCUCAUGGAGCACCCGGGGCGCAGUGCCCCUCUGCGGUGCACCCAGGGGUGACCUGUGACGCCUGUGAGGGGCCUGUGGCAGGGACACGCUUUAAGUGCUCCGUCUGCCCCAACUACGACCUGUGCUCCAGCUGCCAGGCCAAAGGACUGCACACCGAGCAUGUGCUGCUGCCUAUCUGGCACCCCAUCCAGCACUGGUUUCCUCGAGGGAAGUGGAUGAAGUGGAUGAGACACUCCAUGUGGAACCAGAACCGUGGGCCCUGUGGCACAAACCAGAACCAGAACCAGAACUCCAACCAGGCCAGGCCCAAUGCAGAGCCCAGCAUGGGAUCAGAGGCCCCUGGAUCCUCGUCUGAAGCCCAGACGAACGUGGACUUCCUGAAGAACAUUGGAGAAGGAGUGGCGGCCAUGUUGAGUCCUCUGGGCAUCGACGUGGACAUCGACGUGGAACAUGGAGGACAGCGCACCAAAGUCAAUCCGUCCAAUCAGAGUCAAGACGUGGAGAUGGAGGCGGAGGGGGGCGGGGCUAACGAGUCGCCAGUGCCUAGCGGCUCGGACGAGGAGUGGACUGACCUGAGCUCGAAGGAAGUGGACCCUUCCACUGGAGAACUGCAGUCUCUGAACGCCCAGGACCUGGACCAAGACCUGAAGGAGGCCCCCAGCGGUCUGAAGGAGGCCCCCAGCGGUCUGAAGGAGGCCCCCAGCGGUCUGAAGGAGGCCCCCAGCGGUCUGAGGGAGGCUGCGCUCUACCCCCACCUCCCCCCGGAGGCGGACCCUGGCCUGGUGGAGGCGCUGUCCCACAUGUUGUCCAUGGGCUUCACAGAUGAGGGGGGGUGGCUGACCCGGCUGCUCCAGGCCAAAGGAGGCGACAUUGGGGCCGCUCUGGACGCCAUCCAAUACAACGCCAACAACAAGCGUCGCUAA